AUGGCCUAUGAUUUUGAGCCAGUCUAUGAAUGCUUUAGGAAACAAUCUCUACCUAACUUUGAAGGGAAAGCCCACCCUAUGGUGGUAGAAGAUUGGUUGAAGUCAGUAGAGGCUAUCAUUGACCAUAUGGAGCUGAAUGACCAUCAGAUAGUUUCAUGUGCAGCUCACGUACUUAAAGUGGAUGCAAGGAUAUGGUGGGAUGUGGUAAAGCAAACCCGUGACCUACACACUAUGACCUGGGCAGACUUUGUGCAAGCGUUUAGCAAAAAGUAUUACAAUGCAGCCGUACUGGCAACAAGGGUUGAUGAAUUUGUGACCUUGGUUCAGGGAAGACUUUCUCUCACUGCAUAUGCUCAUAAAUUUGAUAGGUUGGCACGGUUUGCACCUAAGAUAGUGUUGAAAUUGGUUAAAUACAUGGUGGAAAUGUUUAUGCACGAAGAGAUAGUACCAACUGAGGCUAUGCAAUUCCAAAGGUUUGUGAAAGGACUAAAGCCCACGAUUGUGAGGGAUGUGAAGAUGAACAAUGCUGAGGUGGUUAGUUACGCUGAGAUUUUGGAAUAA